UCUUCCUGCCUCAGCCUCUCAAGUAUUGGGAUUACAGAUGUGUUCCACCAUACCUGGCUCAACCUUUUUUUUCCUACCAUCAGUGGGCAGAAAACACAUGGGAUUGCAUUUUGAGAGGUAUCUAUAAGACUGUCAGAAACCAAGUUUCUGUGAUUAUAACCACAAAUGGUGGAACGAAGAUUUCUCUUUUCCUCCAGAAAGUAAGGAUCACAACCUUACACUAGAUUGAGCCUUAAAUUCACAGAGGUUAGAACAGGGGACAGCAUUUGUUUCUUCAGCUUCACGGUCAGUUUCCCACAUGUCUACUUUUUGUUUAUCUGUAUCUGUCUCAACCACUUCUAGUUUAGACUUUUUGUUUUUGGCAACACAGUGCUACUAAUCGUGUCAUACUGCAUUAUGGGGAAGAACUAAGAGAAAUCCCCAAGUCUUAUUCAUCAAUAGAAGCACCGAAGAGCUCAAACCCAAGGAAAGUUUGGGCAGUACUGAACUAUGUGUCGGGCGCGGUCUAGUGUUUCUGAGUAUACAUGGUAACUCAUAUUAUCGACCCAGCAGUCCUUUAACGUUGGCACUGGUAGGGUUACACUCCCCAGGAAAAACCAUUGCAGAGCACAGUGUCCCAGCCCUCUGUCCCAGGAAGCCUGGGUACAUCUACACAGCCACCCAAGAAGCAGGUCACACUAUCUCUGCCCCGGACUCCUCAAGACAGCAACCCCUCAGACCAACACCUGACAACCCACUGCAAUGCCUGGCAACCACCUCUGCCUGCCUGGCAACCACUUCUCCUUAAAAGCCUUUGCUCUCCCCCAGCUUGCUGCCGACUCUUGCCAGGCUCAACCCACCUGCACCAGGUGAGAGGAAACAGCCUUGCAGCUCACACACAAACUCCCCAGGGUCGGUAUCUCCAAGCCUCCAAGACAGUUAGUUCAUUCCAUGGUGGACCAAGGCGCAGGGAGCAAGGUCACCUGCCUGGCUCACUUGUGGAUUGACUCAGGGCAGCACACUAUUGCUGCACAGGGCCAGGGCAUCGAUAGUUGAGAUGUGAGCUGUAGUCUCUGUCAUUCCACCCUCACGGGAAGGUGGCUCUCACAGACAAUGCGCAAGUGCAUGGCGUCUUCUGUCCACGCUGAACUCUAUUCCGAGAUGCUAAAAUUCAAAUUUCUUAUCAUUUUCACUUGUCAUAUAUUUUCCUCUUGAUUACUUUUCAACUACCUAGAAAUCUAAAACCCAUUCUUAUUCUUAGCUCUUGGGUCAGGUUAAAAAAAGGCAGUGGGCUAGAUUUGGCUUUGAAGCUGUAAUUCCCCAUAAUGAAGACAGAGAGCCAGGCUUUGAACCCAGACUAUGCACCCUUCACCUUGAUAAGCAGUAUAUAUCAUAUUAGUAGAAGUCAUACACUUUAUAUAAAAUUCCACAAAAGUAAGGAGAAAAUAACAACCACCCAUAAAAGCCACAACCAAGAAAUAACACUAGUAAGAGCUGGUAUUUUCUUCCAUUACUUUUUCGAUUGUUUUACACUAUCAAAUUAUAGCACUCUACUUUUUCAUUUAUCAUAAGCAUUUUCCAUGUUUUCACAGAAAUCACACAAUUCUGGUAAUUACUAGAUGCAUAGUAGUUCAUUUUAAACAUUGGAGGGGUAAAUCCCUAUUUUGAGAGAAUUCUAUAGCUAACUCAUACAACAAAGACUCCUUUUACUAAGUGAGCGGUUGGUCACCCUUCAUUUACCUGCCAGUUCUCUACACUGCUGUAAGUUGGGUUCUGAAAGCCACUCAGCUUGACGUAUCAAUGUAGUAAAAGGUUUUGGAAUGACCAGGCCUGAACCUGACACUCAUCGUCCCUUUAUCACCUAACUGAUUGAACAAGUGUGAACUUUCCUAAGCCUCGAUUUCUCCAGAUAGAACCUGGGGUUGUAUAUACUGAGCCUAACAUGCUUGGCACCAGACAGAAAGCACUUGAUGAGAACCAACCCCCUGUACCAUCCUGGUCCCCUACAGCAUCCACAGAAACAGACUAUUUCGCUGUGGACCAUAGAGAAAGAGUCAUUUUUCUGUUGUACACUACCAAAGUUUUCUCUCCAGGAGAAAGGAGAAGCCAGCCACAGGAAUGAUUGGAAAGGUGCUUGUGGAGGGCGGGCCACCUAGAGGCCUCUGUCCCGCCCCUCAGCCCCUCCAGCCCCACCCCAACCUGGUGCCAGCCCGUCUUUGAGAAGUUUCCAAACUGAAGCAAUGCCCAGGUCUCCCCAGCUGCAGGUGGCCCCGUGACAUCAGCAGAGGCUGUGUUCUUUUGCUAGGAGGACGUCUGCUCAGAGCUUGGAAAGGCAUUCGGAUCCCAGACAGCAGAACAGAACAUGGAGCUGACACAUCCUGCGGCCCUCGGAGUGGGGGGCUACCACAACACCGGCUUCCAGGGUGGGGACCUUGAAAACCAGAACACAGCAGGAAACAACUCAAUAAGGAGUAGAGUUGUGCAAAGCGGGGAGCGAGGAACCACCAAACAGGGCGAAGAGCACAUCACAAUUGAGCAGGACUUCCUAGGAAAUAAAGACGAAGAUGUGGAAGAUGACCAAGACAUGCACCCAACAGGGUGUUUGGAAAGGAAAUACAAUACAGUUUGUGAUUUUUGUACAAAACACAAAACCACUCUUCGAUAUAUCAUCUGGGGAAUUUUAUUAGUUGCUUAUCUGGCCAUGGUGAUUGCAGCCUGUGUGCUGAACUUUCACAGAGCCCUUCCUCUCUUCGUGAUCACCGUAGCAGCCAUCUUCUUUGUCGUCUGGGAUCACUUGAUGGCCAAAUAUGAACAGCGAAUUGAUGAAAUGCUAUCUCCGGGCAGACAGCUUCUGGACAGCCAUUGGUUCUGGAUGAAGUGGGUCAUGUGGAGCUUGUUGGUCCUGGCCAUUAUUUUCUGGCUGAUCCUCGACACCGCCAAGUUGGGACAACAGCAGCUGGUGUCCUUUGGUGGGCUCGUGAUGUACAUUAUCCUGUUAUUUCUGUUUUCUAAGCACCCAACCAGGGUUUACUGGAGACCUGUCUGCUGGGGAAUUGGGCUACAAUUCCUUCUUGGUCUCCUAAUCCUAAGGACUAAACCUGGAUAUAUUGCUUUUGAUUGGUUGGGCAGACAAGUUCAGACUUUCCUGGGGUACACUGAUGCUGGUGCUGUCUUUGUCUUUGGUGAGAAAUACACAGACCACUUCUUCGCAUUUAAGAUCCUGCCCAUAGUGGUUUUCUUCAGCACUGUGAUGUCCAUGCUGUACUACCUGGGAUUAAUGCAGUGGAUCAUCAGAAAGGUUGGAUGGACAAUGCUAGUUACUAUGGGGUCAUCGCCUAUUGAGUCUGUGGUUGCUGCUGGCAAUAUAUUUGUUGGACAAACAGAGUCUCCACUGCUGGUCCGCCCGUAUUUACCACAUGUCACCCGGUCAGAGCUCCACGCCAUUAUGACAGCUGGCUUCGCUACAAUUGCUGGAAGUGUCUUGGGCGCAUACAUUUCUUUUGGGGUGUCAUCCACUCACCUGUUAACAGCUUCGGUCAUGUCAGCGCCUGCAUCACUGGCUGUUGCUAAACUUUUCUGGCCUGAGACAGAAAAACCUAAAGUAACCCUUAAGAGCGCCAUGAAGAUGGAAAAUGGUGAUUCCAGGAAUCUCCUAGAAGCUGCAACUCAGGGAGCUUCCUCGUCAAUCCCUCUGGUGGCAAACAUCGCUGCAAAUCUCAUCGCCUUCCUGGCCCUGUUGUCCUUUGUGAAUUCGGCGCUGUCUUGGCUCGGAGCCAUGUUUGACUUUCCACAGCUGAGUUUCGAGCUAAUAUGCUCCUACAUCUUCAUGCCCUUUUCCUUCAUGAUGGGAGUGGACUGGCAAGAUAGCUUUAUGGUUGCCAAGCUCAUAGGUUAUAAGACAUUCUUCAAUGAAUUUGUGGCUUAUGAGCACCUCUCCAAAUUGAUCAGUUUGAGGAAAGAAGCUGGACCCAAAUUUGUGAAUGGGGUGCAGCAAUAUAUGUCGAUUCGUUCUGAGACAAUCGCCACUUAUGCCCUCUGCGGUUUCGCCAAUUUUGGUUCCCUAGGAAUAGUGAUCGGUGGACUCACAUCCAUGGCUCCUUCCAGAAAGCGCGACAUCGCCUCCGGGGCCAUCCGAGCUCUGAUCGCAGGGACCGUGGCCUGCUUCAUGACAGCCUGUGUUGCAGGCUUACUCUCCAGCACCCCUGUGGAUAUCAACUGCCACCACAUCUUAGAGAACGCCUUCAACUCCACUUUACCUAGCAACACAACCGGAGUGGUAACUUGUUGCCAAAGCCUACUGCACAGCGCUGUGGUCAAAGGGCCUGGCCAGGUCAUCCCAGGAGGAAAUUCCAGCCUGUACUCCUUGAAGAGCUGCUGCAAACUGUUGACUCCAUCUGCACUGAACUGCAGCUGGAUCCCGAACGCAUUCUGAGUGCAGCCACUUCUCCAGUGGAAUGCAGUCUGCAGACACUGAAUUUUGUGCUUUGGGGAAAAGAAGUGCUAUUGUUGGCAGAUUGAUAACUUCCAUCAUGGAAUCAGCUUGAAUUGUGAGGAAAGAAAAAAACAAGAGUGACCUCUUCAGAGCUAGAAUCUCUCUCUCCUCCCCUUCCCUCCAACUCACGCUUUUCCUACCAAGAACUACUAAAAUAUCCCAAACUGAGGCUUCAUCUCCAGUCCCAACAGUGCCUUCUGACCUUAGAUUCUAAGGACAUUUCAUGAGAACACAGGUCUAAAUGUUGGCUUUCAACAACCUGGCUAUAAUUCAGCCAUACAAGCUAGUAUCUGAAUGAAUCUCCAAGGAGUCCAGAAUGACUUGUUUGAAAUACAUUUUCAAGUAAGCUCACUCUACAUUCACUCUAGCUUACCUGAAAUACCUUCAACUUGAGUCUUGCACAAAGGAAGGAUAAUCAAUAAUCAUUUACUCCUUGGCCACCCUCCAGAAGUCCUACAUAAAUCCAGAGUUGGUCAGAAAAGCAUGGAGGCCCUAUCAAAACCAGCAUUUAAGUCCCUUAAAGCUAGAAAGUUGUGUCCAUCAGUUUUAAUCAAGUUUUGCUACAGUAACAAACAGUCCAACAAUCUCAGCUGCUUUUAAGUUUAUCUUUUACUCACAUAUUUGCAAUGGUUGACUUUGACCAUAAUCCCUAUGUUGUCUUUAGUUCCAGGGCCCCUGCUAAAGGAGCAGCACCUGUGUGGGGCAUGCUGGUUUUAGAGAGUGAGAAGGAAAUUGGACGCAAUGUGAUGGCUCUUAAAACUAAUGUUAGGAAAUGACACCCUUGACUUCCACUGGCCAAAGUAAGU